AUGGUAUCCCAGGCGCUGCAGCUGCUCCGGCAGGGCGUGUGGGCCGCACUCACUGGUGGCUGGUACCACGACCCCGAGGAGAGCAAGUUCACCAACAGCUGCCACCUCUACCUAUGGCUGUUUCUCCUGUUGCUGCCCCUGGCCCUGCACCUGGCUUUUCCUCCAAAUGUGAUCACUGUAUUUUUUUACUGCACUUCAGUAACUAUAUUCUUCACAAUAAUCAAAGUGGUCAGUUAUCGCCUACACCUCAUGUUUGAUAAAGGGGAAGUAAUUCAGCAAAGGCCCUCCAGAAAGAAAGAGAAGCCAAAUAAAGACAAAGAGACCAAUAGUGAACACAUAACUAAUCACAAAAAUUCAAGCAAUAAUAGGCAGAUCAACAAUGGCAAAAAGGAAGAAGUCAAUCACAACAUCACUACGCCUCCUCUCCACUGCAGCUCCCGAGGGCAAAGCAUAAACUCUCACCACUCUUCCGGGCUGAUGGAGUUGCCAGCACAGGAAACAGUGGAAGACCUCAAAGGUGUCAUUCUGUCAGAAGACCAACCUGUAGCACCCAUGUCAUCUACCUCACCCUGUGUCAAAAUGGAAAACUUGACAGUUUCUAAAGUGUACAUGCCAGAAACCAUGGCCACAUCAGCAAUACUAAUGAAGCCAGUUACCACAGAAAUUCUACUUAAUAAUAAAGUGAAGGAAAGAAGAGGCAAGCUGCUGCCCUCUUUCUGCCACCGAUCAGAGGGUGGGCUAGAAGACAAAGAUACCUUGAAGAAAUUGCCACAUUUGUCUUUGUCUCAGUAUGACUUGCUAGAAACAAAUGUUUCUUUCCAGCCCUGGGGUAGUGAGAACUCAGUCUUGAUUCCAGAACCUGCACAUCAUCCCAAGGGCUCCAUCAGGGAACAGCUGCAAAGCAAGUCUCCUCAGGACAGCCUGAGCAGCAGCUGCCCUCAGUGUAACACUGUCAUCACCAAACAGGCAGAGGAGCCAGUAGAUACUUCCUGCCAGGUAGAUCCUCCCUUGGACGAGGAAGUUAACUACUCCGAUAGUGAGGUAGCUGUUACCCUGAUAGACACUUCCAAACCUGGAGACCCUCUGAGCCUGCAUGAGCCCAUUAAGAUUGUCAUCACAAUGAGCAGUACCCCCAACUCCCUAACAGACUUGGAAAGCUCUCUCCACCUGAAGGUAAUUGGCACAGAGAUAAUUGGUCCAAAGUCAGAUGCUCAGCAAAUGACCCCAGGGAUAGCCAGUCCUUCAAACAAUGAGCAGAUGCAAAUUCCUGUCAUCACCCUUGAGCUGUCUGAAGAUGGGGGAGGAGGCACUAUUUGUCCUGAUGGCAAUGGGAGUGAAAGGACACCAGAGAGACUGAUGGUGGAGCCAUCCUCCAAUCAGUGCUCUGGCUAUGAAUCUGGAGAGGGAGGCAAUGCCACAAAAGACUGCAGUCCUUCCCCAAGGGAACACUGUGAAGAAACUUCACCACUCAUACUCAAUAUGGCCUCUGAGUCUGAAGGAGGAAAGGAAGCCCAGGCUAACCUUGAUCCUUCAUCUUGUAAAAGCAGCCAAGAAAAGAGACAUGCCCGGGUGCUCAGUGUGGACAGUGGGACUGAUGUUUUCUUAAGUAAGAGUUCCGCAGAAGUUAUUAGUGAUAAAGAGAAAGCCAUACCGACUUCCAAAUCUGACUUAGAAGCUAAGGAAGGACAAAUACCAAAUGAAUCCAACUUCCUAGAAUUUGUCUCCCUGUUGGAAUCGAUUAAUACUUCCAAGGUAGUAGCAGCAAAUCAGUCAAAUGGAUCAGCAGAGCAGAACAAAGAAAGCAGGCUUCUUGGAGAUAACUUUUCCCAGGAGAAAAAGGAGGAAAUUUCAGGAAGUGAAAAGCCCAGUGAACUCAAUUCCAGACAAGAAAAAGCAGAUGUGCAAAGUCAAGACCACACUAACACCAACCCUGUGUUCACUGAACCUGCCAAGAUUACGACCCUUUUCCAGGGCAAUAGACAAAGACAAAUAAUCUACAGGGUAACUUCCCAACAAGAUAGUUCAGUCUUGCAAGUCAUUAGUGGACCUGAAACAUCUGUGCAAGAUGAAAUAUCUGUGGAUGCUAUGCAUGUCUUCAUUGAUGAACAUGGGGAAAUUAGAUCCUGUUAUUUAAAAUCUGGAAAUCAGAAAGAAGAACUUUUGCAACAUCCGCUAUCAAAUUAUGACUGUUUUUCUAAAACUCGAGAGAUACAGAUCAGCUCUUCUAGUACUACAACCUCUGAGAGUCAAGAUCCCUCAUCUGAGGACCCUGCAGUCAGUGCUCUCCAACAACAGUUGUUACUAAUGGUGGCUCGGAGGACCCAGCCAGAAACUCGACGGCAUCUGAGUCAGGACCUGGAGGACUCAUCACGCUCUUCAACACAAGGAAAAUUUAACCGAGAGCAAUUUUACAAGUUUAUCAUUUUCCCUGGCAAGUGGAUUAAAGUCUGGUAUGAUCGACUUACCUUGAUGGCAUUACUUGAUCGUUGCAUAAGCCAGUUGUCAAGAGUCACAAACCUGAAGUUAGGAAGUGACACCUACAAUAAGGGAUACAACCAGAUCAUAACAUAUAGCAGACCAAUCUAUUUUUGUGUGCUGUGUGGCCUUAUUUUGCUUCUUGACACAGGGGCCAAAGCCAGGCACCCUCCUACUUAUGUUGUCUAUGGCCUGAAGCUCUUCUCUCCAGGGUCCCUGCAAUCAGCUAGGGAUCACUUAAUAGCAUUUUUAUAUUGCUUCCCUGCCAUUUCCCUCCUUGGGCUUUUCCCACAGAUCAACACUUUCUGCAUUCAUCUUUUGGAACAAAUCGACAUGCUGUUUUUUGGAGGCUCUGCAGUGUCCGGGGUGCUGUCGGCUGUGUAUAGUGUGACCCGGAGCUGUGUGGCUGCUGCGGCACUCCAUGCACUCUGCUUCAGUGCUGUGAAGGAGCCAUGGAGUACACAACACAUCCCAGCGCUGUUUUCGGCCUUCUGCGGCCUCUUGGUCGCCCUUUCCUACCAUCUGAGCAGGCAGAGCAGUGACCCAUCUGUGCUGAUGUCCUUUAUUCAAUGCAAAUUAUUUCCUAAAUUUUUACAUCAAAAUUUAGAAGAGCCAGUUGCGGACCCUCUCCCAAAGAAGGUGAAAGACUCUGUGAAGGAUGUGUUGCAGUCGGAUCUCAUUGUCUGCUCAGUGGUUGCUGUCCUGUCAUUUGCAGUCAGUGCCAGCACUGUAUUCCUCUCCUUACGUCCAUUUCUCAGCAUUGUGCUGUUUGCUGUGGCUGGCACCGUGGGGUUCCUAGCUCAUUACAUGCUCCCUCAACUCCGCAAGCACCACCCUUGGAUGUGGAUUUCACACCCCAUUCUUAAAAACAGAGAGUAUCAGCAACGGGAAGUGAAAGAUAUUGCCCAUUUAAUGUGGUUUGAAAGACUCUAUGUUUGGCUUCAGUAUUUUGAAAAAUAUAUCUUGUAUCCAGCAAUAAUUUUGAAUGCUCUCACUAUUGAUGCAUUUUCAAUAAGCAAUUACCGGAGACUUGCUGCAGCAGAAGCCAACAUAUACCUACUAAUUACUGGAGAUGUAAAACUCGAGGACCUGCUUCACAAGUUACAGUUCAUCAUGACAUAUGUGGCUCCUUGGCAGAUGGCUUGGGGUUCUUCAUUUCAUGUGUUUGCUCAGCUCUUCGCAAUCCCUCAUUCUGCAAUGCUUUUCUUUCAAACGAUUGCCACCUCAAUCGUUUCUACUCCAUUGAGCCCAUUUCUUGGGAGUGUCAUUUUCAUCACAUCAUAUGUCAGGCCAGUCAAAUUCUGGGAGAAAAACUACAAUACAAGGCGAGUGGAUAAUUCUAACACAAGACUGGCUGUCCAAAUUGAAAAGGAUCCAGGUAGUAAUGACAAUAAUCUGAACUCCAUCUUUUAUGAGCACUUGACACAGGCCCUCCAAGAGUCCCUCUGUGGGGAUUUACUUCUUGGUCGUUGGGGUAACUACAGCUCUGGAGAUUGCUUUAUUUUGGCUUCAGAUUACCUCAAUGCUUUUGUUCACCUGAUAGAAAUUGGAAAUGGUCUUGUUACCUUUCAACUUCGAGGAUUGGAGUUCCGAGGUACAUACUGCCAGCAGCGAGAAGUGGAAGCAAUCAUGGAAGGUGACGAGGAUGAUGGAGGCUGCUGCUGCUGUAAGCCUGGCCACUUGCCCCAUCUGUUAUCCUGCAAUGCUGCAUUUAACCUCCGUUGGCUCACAUGGGAAAUCACACGGACACAGUACAUUCUGGAAGGCUACAAUAUCAUAGACAACAAUGCGGCCACCUUGCUGCAGGUCUUUGAUCUCCGAAGAAUCCUCAUCCGGUUCUACAUUAAGAGUAUAAUAUACUAUAUGGUCACAUCACCAAAACUCCUCUCCUGGAUCAAAAAUGAGUCACUUCUGAAGUCCCUGCAGCCUUUUGCCAAGUGGCAUUAUGUUGAGCGUGACCUUGCAAUGUUCAACAUUAACAUUGAUGAUGACUAUGUGCCGUGUCUUCAGGGGAUCACCAGAGCCAGCUAUUGCAAUGUUUACCUAGAAUGGAUCCAGUACUGUGCACAGAAACAACAAGAGCCUUUGAAGACUCUGGACAGUGAUGAGGACUCUCCUUUGGUAACUCUGUCUUUUGCCCUGUGUAUCCUGGGGAGGAGAGCUCUGGGAACUGCAGCUCACAACAUGGCUCUCAGCCUCGACUCUUUUCUGUAUGGUCUUCAUGCACUCUUCAAAGGUGACUUUAGGAUAACAGCCCGAGAUGAGUGGGUAUUUGCUGACAUGGACCUGCUGCACAAAGUUGUCGCUCCAGCUAUCAGGAUGUCACUAAAGCUUCACCAGGACCAGUUCACCUGCCCUGAUGAGUAUGAAGAGCCAGGGGUCCUCUACGAGUCCAUCCAGUCCUUUGAGAGAAAAGUGGUCAUCUGCCAUGAGGGUGAUCCAGCCUGGAGGAGCGCGGUGCUGUCUAACAAGGAGGAACUCCUCACCCUGCGGCACGUGGUGGACGAGGGUGCUGAUGAGUACAAGGUCAUCAUGCUCCACAAAAGCUUCCUGAGCUUCAGGGUCAUUAAGGUCAAUAAAGAAUGUGUCCGAGGACUCUGGGCUGGCCAGCAGCAGGAGCUCAUAUUCCUUCGCAACCGCAACCCAGAGCGAGGCAGCAUCCAAAACAACAAGCAGGUCCUCCGGAACUUGAUCAACUCCUCCUGUGACCAGCCCCUGGGCUACCCCAUGUAUGUUUCCCCCCUCACCACAUCUUAUCUCGGGACGCACAGGCAGUUGAAGGACGUCUGGGGCGGGCCUAUCAGCUUGGACAACAUUCAGACGUGGUUCCGAACCAAGUGGUUGAGAAUGCGGAAGGACUGCCACACAGGCCAGCAGAGCAGUGGCAACAUUGAAGACGUGGAUGGGGGAGGGGUGCUAUCUGCAGGCCACACCACGAGUGGGGAGAGCCAGGAGAGCAGUGCAGAGCCACCUAGAAAGGAUGGGGCUAUGCACCACAAUCUUUCCAAUAGCAGUCAAAGGCAGAGGACUGGCAGGAGGAAAGGCAGGAGCCAGUCUGUCCAGGCACAUGUGGCAUUGAGCCAAAGACCACCCAUCACAAGUUUGUCAGGCCACAUCCUGGAGAGCCACCAGACCUUCCUUCAGACAUCCACAUCAGUCCAUGAGUUGGCCCCAAGGAAGUCCAGCAGCCAGCUUUCUUUACACAACUCAGCCGCAUCCCUGCAUUCUCAGCCACCGCCCACCACUACAACAGGCCACCUGAGCGUCCGUGAGAGGGCCGAGGCACUGAUCAGGUCCAGCUUGGGUUCAUCUACCAGCUCCACUCUGAGCUUCCUCUUUGGCAAGAGGAGCUUCUCCAGUGCCCUUGUUAUUUCUGGACUGUCUGCUGCAGAGGGUGGCAACACCAGUGACACCCAGUCAUCCAGCAGCGUCAACAUCGUGAUAGGACCUUCAGCCAGAGCUGCAGGCCACGCCACACGGCACUUCUCGGAGCCAUGUGAACCCACUGAUGGUGAAGAGCAGGGCCAGCACUGUGAAAGCCAUCUAGCUGAGGCCAUGGUGGAGAACUCUGGGGUGAUGUGCAGAAGAGCAAGCCAGGAGGAUAUGGGGCUGGAUGACACGGCAUCCCAGCAAAGUGCUUCGGAUGAGCAGUAA